GCUCUUGUGGAUUGGUUGUGGAAAACCCAAAGGGUGAAAAUCUUGAAACGCAAUGGAUUUUUCUAUAAAUUAUUGGUUAUUUAUUGUUGGCUUGUUACUGCUGGUGAUUUUUGUUCUGGACCUGAUGAACAAAAGAGGACGAAUGUUUCGUGCAAUAAAUAAAUUUGCAGGUCCACCGACUCGACCGCUUAUUGGGACAUUGUGUGAAAUCUUGUUUCUAAAUCAAGCGAAAACAUUUCAGUGUGCACGUGGUUGGGCCAAGAAGUACGGCGGAUCAUACCGAUUCUGGUGGAACGAUUGGUUCUGUGUGCUAAAUGUAGUGCGAGUGCGUGAAGCUGAAUCAUUGCUAUCCAGUACUAAGAACAUCGAUAAGAGCCGAUUCUAUAAGUUCUUACAUCCACUGCUAGGAUUGGGUUUGCUGAAUAGCACGGGCCCAAAAUGGAUGCAACGUCGCAGGAUUUUAACACCUACAUUUCAUUUUAACAUACUCAAUGGUUUCCAUCAAACGUUCGUUGAGGAAUGUGAUCAAUUAAUAGCGACGCUGUCCAAAGAUGCCAGUUUAGGAAGAGCUACAAAGCUGCAACCCGUGAUGUCCAGGUUUACCUUGAGUACUAUAUGUGAAACUUCAAUGGGUGUAAAGCUAUCAUCUACGGCAGGUGCUGACGAAUAUCGACAGAAGCUGUACGAAAUCGGAGAAAUGUUAGUUCACCGACUGAUGCGACCAUGGUUGCACAGUGAUUUAGCGUGUAAGCUUAACGGGUACCAAAACGCUCUGCAGAAAUUGUUACUUCCAGUUCACUCUUUUACAACUGGUAUUAUUAACCAACGAAGACAGGAGUUCCAACAAAUUUCUGACAAGACGGAAGUCAUUACCGAAGAAAACCUUUACACCAGCACAAAGAAGCGUUACGCCAUGCUGGAUUCACUGUUACUAGCUGAACAGAAGCAACAGAUUGACGACGAAGGUAUCCGCGAGGAAGUGGAUACGUUCACCUUCGAGGGGCACGACACUACAGCGUCGGCACUGGUGUUCAUCUUCUUUACUCUGGCGAGAGAGCAACACGUCCAGGAACGAAUACAUAAGGAAAUCUGCGAAGUAAAAAGCCAAAAAUUGGUUAAAGAUGGACCAUUCAGUCCACAAGAUUACGCGGAAAUGAAGUUCAUGGAUAGGGCGAUAAAAGAAUGUCUCCGUCUGUGGCCACCGGUGACGUUCAUCUCGAGAGCUGUUUCCGAAGACAUCGUACUGUCGGAUGGCAACAUUAUACCGGCGGGUGUCGUUGUCAACCUUCAUAUCUUUGACUUGCAUCGAGACCCGGAGCAGUUUCCAGAUCCUGAUGUAUUUAACGCGGACCGCUUCCUACCGGAGAACGUUGAUCGUAGGAAUCCAUAUGCUUACGUACCGUUUAGCGCCGGGCCAAGAAACUGUAUCGGUCAGAAGUAUGCGAUGAUGGAACUGAAGGCCGUUAUCGCACAUACGCUACUGCAGUUCAAGGUACUGCCGAAGACACGCUUGGAAGAGAUAAACUUUGUGGCAGAUCUCGUGCUUCGGAGCAGUAAUACGAUUGAGGUUAGAUUCGUGAAGCGAGAAUAAUUCCAUCCAGUGUGGUAAUGAAACCAAGCAGAUCAUUCCGAUAUGGAGUAGACGAAUCCCAAUUCAUCUCAGCUACUCUGUUCAUCUCACAAGGAAUACGGUAACUCAACUUCACAGAAUCUACCAUUUGAGUAGUGGUAUAAAUUCCUUUGGACAUUUCUCGUUAUUUUAGCAGUCAUCACAUUCUUCAAAUGAGCGAUGCAAAUUAAAAAAUAAAGCACUCAUAAUUA